UGUCUUCUGAAUGAGAGAGAUGUUAAAUCGUAUAGCCGUGAAGUCGGACAGUGCACAUAUGUACAAUAUUAAACAAAUGGGGUCACGCCUAUUUAUGGUUUAUAUACCAGAAUGUAGUAUUACCUAUAUUAUUGGCUGAAACACAGGGAGUUAUAAAUAAGGAAGAUUGAUUCGCAAAGUGCUAUAAAACUAAUUAUUGUUGAAUGGUAUUUAUAUAUAUAUUAUUGGUAAGUUUGUUCUACUAAGUGUUGAGUCCAAACUAGACUCAUGUUGGUCUUUAUUUAUUUCACUCAGGAGAAUUCGUGUCGUGUAUUUUCUACAGCCACUAAAAUACAUAGGCCCUGGCAUAACAUCUAGACAGGGAGAACUUAAUCUCGGUGAAAGCUGAGUAGAAAAUAUGCUUGGGCAAAAUAAACUAAGAUAUUGUGCCCUUAUCAGCCUGAUUUGUGGAUUCGUCAGCCUUUUUAUAAUGUCGGAGAUAUCUACAUUCCUGUUAAAACACAAGUUUUCACAAGGUAAUGAAACUCAAACAUAUCAUUAUGCAAACUAUACCAGGACGGCAAUGGCAACCAAGGCUCACGACCACGAUGGACCAACGUUUGUGCUUAUUUUGGCCUACAUGAGAAGUGGUUCCUCAUUCACAGGAGAUCUUAUUCAACAUCAUCCGGACGUAUUCUACCGAUUUGAACCGCUAUAUAACUUGAAAAACCGUUACACGAGGGUAAAAAAUAUCAGUGACGAUGUUCUAAUCAGUGACGAUGAAUACGCCCAAAGGCAGCUUGAAAUUCUUAAAAAAUGGUUUACAUGCAACUUAACAAGCUACAAAGCCGAAAUAUUUAUGGACAGAGGCUUAAAAACACGCCAAUAUACUAUGUGUGUUAGGGGUAAAAACAACACCAGGAUACUACGAGCAAAGUGUUUACAACAAUUAAUCCAGGCCUGUCAACAAUCAAAAUUUCGUGUCAUAAAAACAAUUCGUUUGUCUGUCAAAUCUAUUUCAAAGUAUUUCAGUGAAACGCCAAAUUUUAAAAUAAUCCAUUUAAUAAGAGAUCCCCGAGCCAUUGGGUCUUCUAGAAGUAAACUAUAUAAAAAGUCCAAUAGACACUACAACCGAUUAUGCCCUUUAAUGACAAAUAAUCUUAAGGCUGGUUCCAAACUAAGGCCACAAAGCAGAUACAGAAUUCUACGCUACGAAACUGUGGCAGAAAACCCGUUUACGUCUAUGUAUGAUAUUUAUAAAUUCAUCGGACUAACACCAACAUUUGAAAGUAUUGGCCAAUUGUAUUUGGACACGCAUUCAGAUACGAAUGUCGAAAAAACAUAUGGUACCACACGACAAAAUUCAACACAAACGGCCAACCAAUGGAGACUUCGGGUUACUAAAGAUUAUGUACAAGAAAUGAACGAAAACUGUGCACAAUUUUAUUUAGUUGCUGACUAUUUUAAAGCAGAUAUAAACCUCAUAAAGGAUAUUAGUAAACCACUCAGACCUAAAGAAAAUGGAACAUUUUUUCGGUUAUCAAAAAUAUAACUGAAAUUGCACGUAUCGUUACCCAAAAUUUAGGUAAUUUAAACAAUCUAUGAAAGGUUAUUCAACGUGUGCGUAUUGUAACGCAAACUUUGGUAAUUUAAAUAAUUUUUGAAAGGUUAUUCAGCGUGCAAGUAUUGUAACGCAAAGUUUGGUAAUUUAAAUAAUCUUUGAAAGGUUAUUCAACGUGUGCGUAUUGUAUAGGAACAUUUAGGUAAUUUAAACAAUCUUUGAAGGGUUAUUUAACGUGAACGUAUCGUAACGCAACAUUUAGGUUAUUUAAACAAUCUUUUAAACGUUACUUAAAGGUAUUGUUGGGUAUUAAAAUGAUCAGUGAGCAGUCCGGUUUUCAAACAAUGGUAAUCAAAUUAAAAUUAUGGUAAAAACAAUGUUUGUAAAAUUCCCGAUACAGUUGGGAGCUACGGUGACUCAGUGAGUAAGGUGCUGGCUCACUAACCAGGAGGGCAGGGGUUCGAUCCCAGUGUUGGACGAGAAAAAUUCACGAAGUUUACCCAGCGUGGUUUCCGAUUGCCAGUGGUACUGUACCUAAGGUCUGGCAAGGAAACUGUCUAAUCGUUCUGGUGUGACGAAAAACCGAGGUCUCGUGUACACAUUGGCGUACACGUGAAAGAACCCCUGGCAGUUGGAAUUCGAAAUAAGGGUAGUCCGUAGUGCAAAUUUACCUUCGUGGCUCAUCACUGACAGCCGAUUAUUUGAACAAUGGUAUGAAAAUUUUAAAAGAUAAAAAAGGCAUUAUGGAGAAAACUUGAAGUGUUUCUGGGGAUGUACAUGUUCGCUCUGGUAACAGGUUUUAAGGACGAGGGGAUUGUUGAUGAUCCAGCGUCAUUAAGUCUUAGUCACACGAUCAGCAAGAUGACUACACAACGAACAUAAGAUUGGUGAGUUCGCGCGCCCAGUUACCCACUGAGUAUCACCUUUUCUAACGACAUUCCUUGUGCCAAAUAGGUAAUUUUGGUCAAAAAUAUUUCAGGAAUCAGACCCGCUUAUUCCCAUCUGUAUUUAGGAGCCGAUCAUUGUAUAGAAACAUUUGGAAGUUUUUUUUUGAGAGGCAUUCUAAAGGCUACCCUACAUUCCAUAUUGAAUUCCCUAAAAGACAAGAGAACAUUAUAGAUCAAAAACAGUAAAAUACAAAACAGUACUCUGGGAUACCAAAACCUGAAGAAAGGUCAUAGAGCAUUUACACUCGAACAUAGGAAUAUGAGUAAAGGAGAACUUUUGCUCAAACGUCGGUAUAUGUAGGAGGUUGGCACAUGCGGUCAAAAUUAUGGAAGUGCCAUAAAUCCUGUUGUGAUCUAGACCAUCUUCCCCUUCAGAGAUUUCAAUACUAGACAUUGAAUGCUCCUACAUGAAUACUUCUAAAUGUUCCGUCUUCUGGUUCUUCUUUAAAUGAGUAGGUGGAUAAUAAACAUAUCAAGUUUAUGAUAGUCAUGUCAGUCAAUAAAUCUAUACGAUGAUCUGCUCCUAAAUACAGAUCUUAAUAACCGUGGUCUGAUCCCUACAAAAUCAUACACGACUUAUGACCCUUCCCUAUGGCUGCCAAGCGAGCGUGAAAGUCACAUUUUGUCACAAAAAUAUUAUGAUUUUAAACAAAAUGACCCGUUUCGCAGGAGGCACGUUCAAAUAACGAAACAUAUAGACGUAAUGGUGAUUAUCAGUAGUCAUUUGAAGAUAGUUGUUGGUAGUUGCUGAAAAGGCGCUGCUUUGGUUAAAUUGUGCUGAUGUAAAACGUCCGAUUUUGUCACAAAAACAUCACGAGUUAUAACCAAGAUAACAUAUUUGGUACGAGGAACGUUCAAGUAACAUAAUGUAGCACUGAUGUUAAUAAUCAACGGCCAUAUUAACGUUUGAAGUAGUCGGUCAUCAGUGAAAAACCAAGUAUGGUUAGCGUGCGCGCGCUGUAUCAUAAAGUCUGUCAUUGAGUCGACUGGCGUGGUUUCGAAUCCCCAGUCGUACGUGACAAGGAGUAGAGUCGCCUGUCCAACCUCGUGGGUUUUCUCCGGGUCUCCGGUUUCCUCCCACUGCUAAAGACCCCUACACGCAAGCGAAUUAUUGAAAUAAAAUUAAACCAUAUGUUAGUCCCGAAAUGACCUAGUUUGUGUCGAGUGGACGUUAAACCCCAUCUCUCUCUCUCUCUCUCUCUCUCUCUCUCUUAUACACUAUAUACCUCAGAAUGCCACGUUUGACAUUUUUGUCCAAACGUAGCGAAAGCGUGUUAAUAUUUUUGCCACGUUGUAACGUGGUAAAUAAAUGCCACGUUUAUCUGGGGUGCCGAAGCGUGGCUUUUUAGACUGCCGUGUUUUUUAAAUGAGGUGUUUUGUCCAGAACGAGGCCAGGUUAAAAAAAUGCCACGUUUUCUAAACGUGGUUUUCUUCAAGAUAAAGAUAACCGGUACUUGCUAUCAACAAAAAGAGUCACACAAAUAAUGUCCCGCCCUUCACGUGAAUAAUUGCAGAUCUACAUAUUAGAUUAUUUAUCGGGAUAUCUUGUGAUUAAUUAUGAUGGUUCACUUCACUGGAAUUCAAUGGAAUUCUAUUGUGUAUAUUAAACACUGAUUUUUUGUCUGCGA